UGUCUUUAAUUAAAAAUGCGCUAAACACCGCCAAUCCGGCGCACCCGGGUGAACAUUUGAAACCUUUGAUAUCGUUGCAAUGAAGGCGGGAGCAUGAGAAGCAGAACUUUAGAGAAGUGUUGCUAGCUGUUUGAGCGGGUGAACAAAAACAACAGGGAUACCGAUGUGUAACGAUUACGACAGAUACCUGAAGGAGUUGGAAAACAACACCUUAGAAGCAUUUCCUGUGUAACGUCGCCCGGGUAAACUUUUAUUUUUGUGGCAGCUUUGAAGCCGAAUUUGAGAGUAAUGUGCCAAAGUUGCUAAGCUAGUUAAUAAACGUCAACCACACUAGCUUAAGCUAGCUUACACAUUCAUCACUAUGGCUACAAGAAAAACGAAGGAAAAUGAGGCCAGCCUCCCUUUUGCUGCACUCCAGCUCCUGGCCCCUCCUGUGCGCCUGGUGUCUGCAGCCCUCUGGAAAGUGAUGAAGCAGAGGGAUGUGAUGCAGUAUGGGGUUGUGGAAGAAUUUGUGACCUCAGCAUGUGAGACUGUCCCCGGGCUGCUCACUGUGAGACACCAGGGCAAGCUGGCACUGGGGCUGAGAGGACGGUUAAUCCUGGAACUCUGCUGCACACAGCCGGAUAAAAAGGAGAUAAUGCCUCACCUGGAAAGGAUCCGUGUUCCUGCUGCUCUGUCAUCCACCUCUGCAACUACUAAUAAGAGAGAUUUAAAAAUCACGAGUACGGUGGAAGGUUUCCAAUCAUUGGUUCACUCAAUGCUAACAGACCCAACAAUGAGGGAACGGUUCUUCAUGGAGGAGUUUCCUGUGGAUUAUGGUCCACAGUUUGACCAGGAGCUGGAGAAGCUGCUUUGGGAGUUUUUGAUCCGACUGGACCAGUUACUCCCAGUUCCCAACCUAGCUCAGACUGUGUCGUGGCUCAGUGAGACCCCCGCUGUCCUGGAGGAGUGUGCACAGGCAGCUACCCAACCCCAGCUCCUGCAGAUCCUGCUCCAGCAUCAGACCUGUCUGGGCCAUCUGGAGUGUGCAGCAUCCCUCCCUCCAAACAUGGGAGACUCCAUCCUGACUUCACUCUCUCUGCCACCCUCUGGAAAAGUGCCUUCAAAUUCUCCAACAGGAAGCACAAACUCUUUUUACCAGUCUUACAGCACACAGACAAGAGACAAAUCCCCAUUUAUUACACCUGUUAUCGGACUCAUAUCUAAUGAAGACGUGCCAUUUAUGGUGAGGGCAAAGAGAGGGGAAGAGCGAGCAAAGAACGCAACAAACGAGCACUCAAAACCAAAAGAGAACUUCAGAUUCACCGGGGUUAAACAGAAACCCAAGGACGAUGGAGCGAAAAAGGGUGAAGAACAGGAGGAGAGGAAGAAAAGCAACGGAAUGAAACGCAAGCAACCUGACAUGAAAGAAAGUAAAUCCGACGAUGAGGAGGAGGAAAUAUUGGGCAUGAACACAUCUGGGAAAAAGAGGAUAAGCAACAAGAAAAAUGAGAGUGUAGUAGACGGAGCAGCCCUUGAGACCUGUAUGAGGCAGCUGGGUGUCAAAAUGCUGCCUGAAGAUCCUUCUCUCAGCUCCCUUUUUGUCUCUUGUCUGAGGAGCCAACCCAGAGUUAUUUUAGAAAAACUGUCGGUGACUCCUGCUGAUGCUAACGGGGAUAAAUCCUCGUUUAAGACGUUGCAGAACCAGAGGAUGAAGUCCCCAGUUAAAACUCCAACGCGCAAAAGCAACCUUACUCAGAAGCCUGGCUCGGAUUGUCCCGGCCUGGACGAUAAAGAGAAUCGCCCUGUAUUGCCCAGCGUAAUCAGCUCUCUCGCUCAGCAACGCAGUAACUCAGGUACACCCGCCCGUCCUGGAGACACUGAGGACUAUGUAGCUGAUUCUGAAGAUGAAGCAACGAAGAACUUCAAAGUUAGGCUGUUUACAAAGCGCUACUACAAGACCAAACACGGCACAUAUGUCCCCACUCUGAGGGAGUACUGGAAGCCCGGGAUGACACAGCGGGACUUGUCGUCUGCUGGCGGUAAACGGAGACGAUGAAAUGGGACUAUUAGUGCCAAGUUUGGUGGUCAGGUGGUUUUGAGCAUGCAGCCACACUGACUGAAGAGCCAAAAAUAAAUCUGAAUGCACCAGCCACUGAAGCUGACAACGUUUAUUUAAGUCAUCUCUUUCUCUUGGCUCAGGAUGUCACUGAAGCUGAGUCAGAUUUUUAUUUAAAUCAGUGGUGUGUCAUCAUGGGACACAAGCCUUAAAAUGACUUAUGACUGAUUAUGGGCACUUUUGAAGGAAAAGCUAAAUGUGAUGUUUGUUUGAAUCGUUACCGUACAGUUUUGUUUGUAAAGAAAGGACAAUUUCUGGAUUAUCCCCAUUAUAUAAAGUCCUUUUGUAAAAUAUAAUGAAUGCAAUAUGUGAUGUGAAAGUAAUAAAAAAAACAGUUUAAAAAACGUU